GACCCCAACGCGCCCAAGCGCGGUCUCUCGGCAUACAUGUUCUUCGCCAACGACAACCGGGAAAAGGUCCGCGAGGAGAACCCUGGCAUCUCGUUCGGUCAGGUUGGUAAGAUGCUCGGUGAGAAGUGGAAGGCCCUGAGCGACACGGAUCGCAAACCCUACGAAGAGAAGGCUGCCACCGACAAGAAGCGUUACGAAGAGGAGAAGGAGAAAUACAAUGUUGGUCCCACUAUGGCCCUCUAA